AUGAGAUUCUUCAUCAUCCUUCUUUUGGCUCUUUUGGCUGUUACUGCACUUGGUAAGUCAAACUUACAGUAUAAUUCAAAGCUUUUUAUAUCAAAUUAUUAUUUUUACUAUGUAUAAUAAUCUAUAGGAGCCGCUCACCACGGUAAAAAGCCAGCCCACAAAGCUCCAGCCCACCACCCUCCAGCCCACAAAGCUCCAGCUCACAAAGCCCCAGCCAAAGCCGGUACUAAAGCUCCAUCUGGAACUAGUGCCACUUCAGCUGCCAAGACUACUGGUGCUGCUGCGGCCGCUACUACCGCUAAGGCUGCUUAA